AGGAAAAAAGAGAAGUUAAGAAAAAACUACCAUUCAUGUCUGCGUAUCACAAAAUAAAGAGGGCGAGAGAGAGCAGAAGAGAGGGUUUGGGUUAGGGCACGGCAAAUCUUCCCACCCCACCUCUCAAGCCCUUUCGAAUUUUUUCUUCAUUUUAACAAAUCCAGAAAGCAGAAUUGCGCGUUCGACGAGAAAACCCAAAAUUAUUCAAUCGUAGAUGCAUGCCUUAUUGCUUCCUUAGAAAUAUUUCCUGAAAAUCAAAUUGUAUUUUCAUCAUUAUGCGUGUGUAAAUGUGGCUUUUGGCAUAAAUUCUGGAAAUAUGAGUAGUCAAGUGCCUCCAGCGCCCAGGCGGAAUAGUUUGGUACAGAAACGAAACAUUUCAACUUUGAAGAAAUCUGUUAAUCAAUCUGACAAUGCCACCAAUCCUACUAGCCAGAGCAAGCCUUCUUCUCCACCUCACUCGUCUGUUGCUGGGGAGAGAACAGUGAAGAAGCUGAGGUUAUCGAAGGCACUGACAAUUCCGGAGGGAACCACCGUGUCUGAGGCAUGUCGGCGGAUGGCAGCGAGGCGAAUUGAUGCUGUUCUACUGACUGACGCAAAUGCCUUACUCUCUGGCAUAGUAACGGACAAGGAUAUUGCAACUAGGGUUAUAGCUGAGGAGUUGAGGCCUGAGCAAACAAUUAUUUCGAAGGUCAUGACCAGGAACCCCAUUUUUGUGACUGCAGAUUCGUUGGCUAUUGAAGCCCUUCAGAAGAUGGUGCAAGGUAAAUUCCGCCAUCUCCCUGUUGUGGAAAAUGGUGAAGUUAUUGCAUUGCUGGAUAUUACAAAAUGCCUUUUUGAUGCUAUAUCAAGGAUGGAGAAGGCUGCAGAACAGGGAAGUGCAAUUGCUGCAGCUGUUGAAGGAGUUGAACGACAGUGGGGGAACAACUUCUCGGCUCCAUCUGCAUUUAUAGAAACCCUGCGGGAGCUGAUAUUCAAGCCCUCUUUGUCAGCAAUUGUUUCUGAAAAUACCAAGGCGGCAAUCGUAUUCCCCUCAGAUCCUGUGUAUGUUGCUGCUAAGAGGAUGCGAGAAUUACGGGUCAACUCAGCUUUAAUUACUGUUGGAAACAAAAUUCAGGGGAUAUUAACCUCAAAAGAUAUUCUUAUGCGUGUUGUAGCACAAAAUCUAUCCCCUGAGCUGACACUGGUGGAAAAGGUAAUGACCUCAAACCCUGAAUGCGCAACAUUAGAGACAACAAUACUUGAAGCUCUGCAUAUAAUGCAUGAUGGGAAGUUUUUACACCUUCCUGUUCUAGAUAGAGAUGGAUGUGUUGCCGCCUGCAUAGAUGUAUUGCAGAUAACUCAUGCCGCUAUAUCUAUGGUGGAGAACAGCUCGGGUGCUGCCAAUGAAGUGGCCAAUACUAUGAUGCAGAAGUUUUGGGAUUCGGCACUUAACCUGGAGCCACCAGACGAUUAUGAUACGCUCAGUGAGAUGUCUAUGUCUCAAUUCAUGAUGUCCGAAGGGACAGAAGCUGGAAAAUCUGGAUAUCCAUCGUUGGGUCUUGGAAAUACAUUUGCUUUCAAAUUUGUUGACCUUAAAGGUCGUGUCCACAGAUUUAAUUUUGGCUCAGAGAGUUUACUGGAGCUUGUCACUGCAGUUAUGCAAAGAUUAGCUGUAGUAGAUGAACAAAAUCGUCCUCAACUUUUGUAUGAAGAUGAUGAAGGUGAUAAAGUUCUGCUGACAACUGAUAGUGAUCUUGUUGGUGCAGUUAGCCAUGCCAGAUCACUAGGACUAAAGGUCUUACGAUUGCAUCUAGAUUACUCUGAUGUAAACCAAGAAAAAUCAGUGCAACAAUUGAGUACUACCUCUGUAGAGAAAGAUGGAUGGGGUUCACUGCCCAUGGGGAUUUUUGCAGGCGCUGUUGUGCUUACAAGUGUUGGUGUAUUGGCCUACUUGAAGCGCACCAAUACAUGGUAAGCCAACUUUUAAGGAUUCUAUUCUGCUAAAAAGGCGAUAGAUUCCAUUGACUGAUGUGUAAAGCUCCCACAUGUUGAUGUGACAUAUUUUGGUGGCCUGACUUUUAUUAUUGGUAGAGAAGGGCAGUGUUUGAAGUGAUGGAUAGUGUCCAAACAGCUGAUAUAACAGUAGCUAUAAAGGAUGAAUUUUCUCCCAUUCCCAAUUGCCAACUGGUUAAGAGGGAAAAAAAGAAAAGGGAGAGAAAGGAGAAUUCAUCUGUCUAAGUUGCAGCAGUAUUCUCGUUAAUGUAAGUCACGUCACAUAUGUUGCUUGUUGGUCGAUUACUGUUGUAAAAACAGUUAAUCUUGGUGGAAUAUUUAACCAUUUCAUCUUAGUUUUGCUGGAGCUUGUAAAUUCUUCCGAAGUUCCAAGGGAUGAGUCACAAGUCGAGUACUGUGUA